AUGGAACCCAUGGACGAGAAGAAGCUGCGGGCCCUGCAGAUGCUGGAGCCACCCGGCCUGGGCAAGGGGCCUGCGGUCCUGGCCAAGCUGUGGAAUCUGUUGCUCAUCACGGCCGCAUUGAUCUCCUUGCCGAUCUGUUUCUACUCCGCGUCUAAGACGUACCUUUUCGAAGGCUUGCUGGGCUUGUCUACCAUCGAUAGCUACUUCUAUUCGGGGAUCGUGGCCAUCUUCUCGGUGCAUGGGGUGCUGGUCCUCUUCGUCUACAUGGCCUGGAACGACGGUAUCCAGCAGUGGCAGGAGGCCAGCAAGCUAGCAUAG